AUGGAUCUUGAAGAUUGGCGCCAAGAGCAAUACUUGAGUGUCGCCGUGAAGAAUAACAACACGGACUUGGCUCAGCUAUUCUUGGACUAUGGGGUCAAUAUCAAUGCCCAAGAUCCAUCGGGCGAACCGCCUCUUUACUUGGCAGCGGGAGAGAGCCCUCUUUCCAUGGUGAAGUUCCUCAUCGAUCGAGGGGGGGAUGUCAACGUUCGAACUGCCAGGGGGUUGACACCGCUGUACGGCGCGUCACUGAAAUCCAGACCGGACGUUGUCGAAUACCUCUUGAGCAAAGGGGCCGACGUUUCGAUUGCUUCAGAUGCGCGAAAUUGGUCUCCUUUGGAAUGUGCUUUUGACUAUCCGACUGUCUUAACACUUCUAGUUACGAAGGCGCGGCCACCUCCUGACUAUCAUCGAGAAGCGGAGUAUUGUGACACACAUUGUACAGCCCUCUUUCUCGCGGCGAGAUACAACAAGAUCGAAUGCGUCAAGUUAUUGUUAAAGCAUGGCGAUCCGGACCUCGAAUUCACGCCGUCUUCGGAUAUUGAAGAGCUUGAUUUGGCAAAGGGAUUUACGCCUCUAGCUAUUGCGAGUCUGUACUCUGGGGAUACUCUCGCAGUUUUGUUGGAAUACGGCGCCGACUUAGGAGCCAAAGAUCGAGAUGGCUUCACACCGCUCAAUUACAGCAUAGGCACGACUGAUUCGAGUCUUGUCCGGCGGUUGGUCAACGCUGGUGCCAAUCUGGAAACCACUGACAAUUGGGGCGGGGACGCAAACCUCUGGCAUAGACGUCGGGGCACACCGCUUGAGGCGGCCUGCCACAACCAAUACUACAAUGAUUCGGUAGUAGUGCGGUAUCUUGUUGAGCAAAGGGGGGUUGACAUCAACGGUCCAGGAAGCUACGCCAGCAGCGCCUUGGGACAGGCAUUUCUGACUGGCGGCGGAACACUCAUAACGUACCUGCUCACGAACGGAGGAAGCAUCAACACUACAGACGGCAACGGCCUGCCAUCGUGGUUCAAUAUUUGUUACCGAAGGGAUAACGCCCUCGAGAUCUUUGACAAGAUCCUCGCUCACUACGAAGCUGUUGAGUUCUCAGCCUCACUAAGGGGCAAGGACAGGAUGUCACGGACUAUUCUGCACUGCGCAGCACACGCAGGGCACUUGGGACUUGUUGAGAGACUCGCCGAACUCGAACCAAAGCUGAUUGAUGGCCGUGAUGCCGAUGGGUGGUCGGCUCUACACUGGGCAGCACGAAUGUUCUGUGCUAGGGGCCUACGGGACGAAGUUUUGAUGCAGAGUUAUGAAGAGAAAGCAGAAGUCAUCAGAUUCCUCGCUCGGAAGGGAUGUCCUGGUCUGGAAGAACGCGUGCCGGGUGGUGAACGUACAUGGAACGUUCUGGAGAUUGCGGAAUACCACGGCGCCCCUGAUGUUGUUAUCGGUGCUUUCAGGGACAUGAUGGAGGAGAAGAAAGUUCAAGUCAAAUCAACAAAAGUGCUUUCCAAGCAGUACCCUGACGAGUGGUCUUGCAAUGGCUGCAAUUCGCUAAUCCAAGGAAACGAUAGUGGAUUUGGGGUAGCCUUCUGA